CGCCCCUUAGCCCCCGCCCCCAGCUGCCAGUCCCCAGCAGCUCAGUCCUGCAGUGAGAGUCUUGGGAGUCCAUAGCUAAGCACCAGGAGCUGAGCACUGUCCGCUGUGCCUGCCUGCGAGUCUCCGACAUGGCUCAGGAGAAAAUGGAGCUGGACUUUGAGCCUGAUACAUCUGAUGGGGGUACCCUGAGGAGAUCCAGCAGCGCUCCCCUGAUCCAUGGGCUCAGUGACCUUUCACAGGUUUUUCAACCUUAUACCUUUAGAACUCGGAGGAAUAGUACAACGAUUAUGAGCCGUCAUAGCCUGUUGCUGUCAUCCUCGCCUAACCGUGUUCCUAGCAGCAGACUGCAUCAGAUCAAAAGGGAGGAGGGCAUGGAUAUGAUGAACAGGGAAACUGCACAUGAACGGGAAGUGCAGACAGCAAUGCAGAUAAGCCAAUCAUGGGAUGAGAGCUUGAGCCUGAGUGACAGCGAUUUUGAGAAGCCGGAGAAACUAUAUUCUCCAAAAAGGAUUGACUUCACUCCAGUUUCUCCGGCACCAUCACCCACCAGAGGAUUUGGAAAGCAAUGUUUUUCACCAUCCUUACAAAUGUUUGUGAGCAGCAGCGGGCUGCCACCAAGUCCCGUUCCUGGUCCAAGACGCUUUACCAGGAGGAGUCAGAGUCCAGUCAAGUGCAUCAGGCCCAGUGUUCUUGGUCCUCUGAAAAGAAAAGGUGAAAUGGAGACAGAAAGUCAGCCCAAGAGGCUCUUCCAAGGCACUACCAGUAUGCUGUCUCCGGAGGCUGCACAACUGUCUGAUCUCAGUUCAUGUUCAGAUAUUUUGGAUGGCAGUAGUAGAAGCAGUGGCUUAUCCUCAAACUCCCUGGCUAAAGGCAGCACAACCGCAGAGUCUCCAGUAGCAUGCUCCAAUUCAUGCUCUCCGUUCAUCUUGAUGGAUGAUCUCUCACCCAAGUGA